UGCCUGUGGGUUUGUCAUGCCACUAUUAGCCGGAUUAUCUUGAACGAUGCAUGUAAAGUUUGCAAACUCAAUACCUUUGGCUCGUCCGGUUUGUUUUUCUCAUGCAAAUACUGUCAAAUCUGUUGGCUCACCAUGUGCCGCUAUAACAUUCCCGGUGCCUACGGAAGGCAAGGAAAUUAUGGAGAUCUCGAUACAUUUGCCGGGGGGAAUAUUGAAUAAUUCAUUCUGUCGGUGGCAUUUAACGCACAUCGAUCUAGAUUUGUAGCAGCAAAAUCAACAGUAUGAGGCUCGAAUAAUUGCGCUGUUUGUCUUUAACUCUUAAUGAAGGGGAAACAUUUUGGCGGAGAAUAAGUAACCCACGACGUACAACCUGACGGAGGUCAGGGCUUAAGUGCGUUUCUGCAAUAUCACAAGUUACCCUGAUCUUGUAUCCAGACAAGGCAUGAACCUGAAGAAACUGAUCAACUUUCCUCCCGCCUUUAGCACGGGAGCGUAAUGGACCCGAUGGCCAUUUUACGAAUGAGAAAGGCUCGUUAGAUUCACAUAAAAACAAACGAAUGCCCUCCUAUUAUCAAGACGGCGGACGCAUCACCGCUUUCUGACAUAAAUUGUUUUUUCUCCCAGAAUGUCAGUCAUUCCCAUAGUUGAAAAAAACGUGGAUCCGACUGGAGUUGAAACCUACGACAGCGGCGAUGAUUGGGAAAUCGGGGUGGGCAAUCUGAUAAUUGACUUGGAUGCUGAUUUGGAGAAGGACCGACAGAAGCUUGAGAUGAAUCGUCUCGGGAAUAUCAAAGGGAGCGCUAAGGAUUACGAGGGGCUGGGAUCCAGCUGUGCAAACGCAACAUCAGCCGUAUCUGAUGGCCUAACGUUUGCGUCCAUUCAGCCCCCCGUCCCUCUGGGAAAUCCCAGUAAGGAUACUGGCAGGGGAAAAGUGAAAAGGAGCAAAACUUCUAAGGACGCUAAUAAAUCUGCAUCACCCUCCAGCACGCUGUAUGGUAUUCCGGAGCUAUGUGGCGGUGGGAGUCAAGAGGCUGAAGGACGCUCCGGGGAAGGGUUAGUGAUGAAUUCAUCGCUGGGCGAAGCGGUCAGCAACCCAAACAUAAGUGAUGCAACCGCUUCAUGCGCCAAAGGCAAAGAGGAAAAAAACGCCAAAAAUCAAGGCAGGGGUUUGAAAAGGGAGAGGGAUGCUAUCAGGGCGAGGAAAGAGAAGCAGGAUGCUGGACAGACGAGCUUCGGUCCUUUAUCUGGUAAUCUGUACGGUCUGGGAGGCAAAGGGAGUCCGUGUCAUUGCGGAGACAACGGCACGGGAGACAUUAGGAAAAGUGGUAUGGAUUCUGGGAUAAUGGAAAGCGCUAUUGUUGGGAAAAGGACCGAUGACGAAAUCGCCGCACCUGCAAAGAAACUGAAAACUGACAAGGUGGAGUCCAUGUUCACAGUGCCUGGUUCACUGAUGCCAGUUUCUCAAGCCCUGCCUACUUACGCCCAUUUGUCCCCGCCCAUCUCGUCCCCCUCGGAGCAGCUUCUGGUGAGAACGCGCUCCAUCGGGACCAACACCCGGGAGGCAGGAAACGGCACGGACCCCGGCCUUCUGGGACCGUGCGAGCCUGGCACCACCGUCAACCUGGAGGGUAUCGUGUGGCACGAGACCGAGGAAGGUGUCCUGGUGGUGAAUGUCACCUGGAGGAAAAGGACCUACGUGGGCACCCUGCUGGACUGCACCAAGCAUAACUGGGCUCCUCCCAGAUUUUGUGAAUCCCCAUCCAGUGACUUCGAGAUGCGGGGUGGACGAGGCCGUGGGAAGAGGAUACGGUUGGCUAUCCCCAAUCUCCCCGAGGCCGAAUCCAGCUUCUCCAAGGUCAGGGGUCUGUCACACAAGUGCCGUGGCGGCAGUGUUCACGGCAAAGGCCGCCGGGCGAGCCUGAACCUCAUCGGCAGCUGUAGGAUACCACCAUUCUUCACGGUGGAAGAGAUCAAAUCCAGCUCUAUUAUGUCUGGAAAACGCAAGAACAAACUGCCUGCAGAUCUAGAUCUGAAUUUAGUCUCUGAGGAUGUUAAACCUGGAAAACGGAUUCGGGCAAAAUCUCGGAGUGCCCCUUCCACGCCACAGGGCAAGUCUGACACCUCAUUCCUGGACCAGGGAUGUUCUUCACCCACUCUCAUAGACUGCCCCCACCCUAACUGCAACAAGAAAUACAAGCAUAUCAAUGGACUUAGAUACCACCAGACACAUGCACACCAAGACCUCGAUCGUAAACUCGAAUUUGAGGAGGAAGGAGAGGCUCGCGUUUCAGACUGUGAGGAAUCUCUAAGCAACAUCACCUUGGAUUGUCGAGAAAGCGCAGAGGGCCAUUUGAAGACAAGCCCUCUGUUUAAGUUGGGUACGCUUGGGGUGCCAAGGAAUAGGAGGGCACCACUCAGCAAUGACCAGCAUAACACAACAAGCCCGAAAGUACGCAGGAAUUCAGGGACCAGGGAGGGGGCAGCUGACGACCUUAGCAAUCUGCCCAUCAUCUCCAACAUGACUGUGUUGCUUGAGAACUGCCUGGUGACUGACAGGAGCUCAUCAACUGAGAUGCCCAAGUUGGAGGCUGAGGGCUUGAUUGACAAAAAAGCGACAUGUGACAAGAGCAAGAAGGCGAAUGGAAAGGUUGACAAAUGUUUGUCCAAGUCCAAGGCCACCAGGCCCAUUGCUCCUGCACCGCCUCCCCCCAAACUCAUCGCGAUCUCUGCGGCUACCUUUACCAGCAGUAACGCAGGACCCGUUCCUCAUCAGUCUUCGCCCACGGCAGCUGCUGGUCACAUAGCAACAAAGAGCCCUCUGCUAAAACCCAUCAGGCCUAAGUCGGGCAUCAUCAGUGAGUCAAGUCUGGUAACCUCGACCUUAGUCUCCGGCAAGGACAGCAGGAAGAAAGAGAAGCACAGGUUUAAAGACAGAGAAUGUAAAGAGGGCAGGAGUCCCAAGACUGAUGCCAAACUAUUGAAAACAGACCUAACUAGAGGAAAAGAGUUUCCGGUCAGUCUGCUAAAAGAGCACCUGAGCAAACAGGAUGGGAUCAGCGGCAUGUCAGAGUCCCAAGAGAGUCGCAUGGCCAGCAUCAGAGCCGAGGCGGACAAGGUGUACACCUUCACAGACAACGCACCCAGUCCCUCCAUCGGCACCUCAUCCAGGGUCGAGAGCGUCGUACUGUCCAACGGCGAUGGCGCUAACACGAAAACGAACAGCCCGGCUUACUCGGACAUUUCGGACGCGGCUGAGGAUGGAGGCGGUGAUGGCCGUCCUGAAGGUGCCAGGACCAAAGCCAGCUUAGCCUCCGAGACAAGCUCCAGCAAGGACAACUCCUCCAAAGGCUAUUUAACUGCACCCCCACAACAGGCAGUAGCAAAAGAUGCCCUAUCUCCGUAUUACCAUGGAUAUGACCCUUAUUAUCUCUCAGGUUACUUACAUCCUGGGCAGUCAAACAGCUCCACCUUUCCAAAAAUCAGCAUCAUUAAUGACAGCAGCCCACAAAGGGACGAUGCAAAGGAGGACAGCGUGGAGAAAGAAGGCUCCGAAUGUUUGGAAAGCAAGAAGAACGAUGCAGCGAAUCCGAAUUCGCAGUCGCAGCUCCAACUGGCUAUGAUGCAGACGCAGACAGCUCUGGCUCAGUCGUUGUACUAUGGACAGUACACACGUGGUCUUUAUAUGGACCAGAAGCUACUGAUGCUAUCAAACAACUACAGACCAGCAUAUGAGAAGUUCUAUGACGAGCCCCAGAUGCCAGACCAGAAAAGCGCCCAAGAACUUGAGCAGAAAGAGCAAAUCAAGGCUGACGCUAAUCCUGGAAAGACUGUUUCUUCGAGCUCGGCAUCAAAGUCCUCAGACUCAGUGAAGUCUUGCUGCCCCAAAGUAGGAUUGACUGUGGUUGAAGAGCCAGUGAAAGCUCACAUCUCUACCACUCAACAGCAAGGGAAAGCAGGACUCGGCAUUGAAACGGACAGUCAGCAUCUUGCUAAGGAAGCCACAGAGGUUAAACUCACCAUGGACUCUGUGAAACAGAACACAGUGGAUCCAAAGUUAACUUACACACAUGAUUCCGAAGCUCAUUCCUGGUACCAUCCUUACCCUUUGAAGAGCAUGGAGUCACAGAACCUGUCCGAGGAGGUAACUGGCGAGAGCAAGGAGCGGGAAGUUGCUUCGGGCCCGGUUACUCCAGCGGAACCAGAACACUCCGAGGCCAAGCAGCAGGAGGCACUGCUGGAGUGUGGCGAGGACCGCGACAAGUCAGAUGGGCGAGAGGUGGGCGGCAGCGCCUUCGGGGAGAUGACGAGUGGCCGAGGCCCGGCCCCAGCGCCGGCCAGCCCCCAGCAGGCCUACGUGUCCUACCAGCAGGCCUACUCCUACCUGCAGAUGUGCGAUGCCAGUAGCAGCGCGUACAGGGUGAUGUCGCCCGCGCUGUUGCAGAGCUACGCAGGCUUUCACUACCCCCUGUACGGCAAGACGACGGGCCGGGAGGAGUCGGAGGUGGCCCCCGGGGGCCGGGCCGUCGGCGGGAAACCCGCCUGCGAGUCCGUCGCCCUGGAGCUGCUACAGCAUAAGCUUCCAUUCCAUGGUCAGUCCCCAACGCCUGUGGAGAGAGAAUCUCCCAAGCGUGAGCGGACGCUGGAGCGGGAGAGAGACCACACCGCCUUCGCCCGGCACCUCCACACCCACCAUCACACUCACCUGGGCGUUGGCUACCCACUCAUACCUGGCCAGUAUGACCACUACCAAGCAUUAGGUGCUCCUGGGCUGAGUCCUGCAGCUGUGGUCUCCAGCCAGCAGGUGGCAGCACAGACUUCAGCAGCAGGCAAUGAUGGGAAAAUCUGAGCCCCUGGCAUGUGACUGUCUCACAUGAAGACAAGUGGAUCCACAGGCAUCAGUUCCUUGGUGUUAAUUCACUGCCCCCAUGGGGGGAAUAACUCAGUAUUGUCAUUUUCUUUUUCCUAUGUAUGAAGAUUUUAUAGCGUUUCAACACCGUUUCAGUGACAUCGAUGGAAAUGUUGAUUGCCGACCGCCGAUUUGUAAUCUGUGAUUUGUAAAAAAUACGAAUAAUGAACGUGGAACCAUCUUGUUGGGAGCCUCGGUGCGGCCUCUGGUGGGGGGCCCGGGGGGGCAAACGGGGCCGGGAAACACGUGUCAUCGUGUAAACGUGUUUCUGAAUGUACUUGUGUUGCAGAGUCAGCGGCGUGUUCAGGCAGAAGCACAGUGAAAUGGCAGCCCGCCUGUGUGACUGUAAUGUGCUCCAUCCUCAUGCUUCUCGCACUGUAUACCUGUUGUAAUGUAACCCUGUGAAAGUGGAUCUAUAUCUCCAGCCUCUUAUUUUUCUCCAUUUGAACCUCCCACGCUGUUAUGUAUAUCCUGUACAUAGUGAAACGGCAGAGCAUAAAGGCUUAUUUUAACUCUCUCUAACUUCGCCCGCAUCGUCUGGCUACUUCCAUCCACCCGCGUACAUCUGUGAUCGUUCUCUAUCGUGAAUAGUGCUGCAGUCUAUCGGUGUUUACCAGUGAUGAUGUACAGGGAGACAUUCCACCACUGUUCGCCUGGUUGCUCGCUUCACAAGCCGAAGUCAGAUGUUCAAGUCAAAUGUACAUCAGAAAUGCGGUUCCUUUUUUUACCUGCCUUAAAAUGUUUGGCAAUCAUGAUUAAAGGAAGAUGUUUAUAUACGC